AGAAAACAACUGAAAGAAAGCAGAAGAAGACGACUUUCGUUCGAUCCCAAUUCACUUUUCUUCAGUUUUCUAGGGUUUUAUCUGUGCCCUGAAGGAAAUAAACAUAGUUCAUAAUUGAAAGAUAAACUGCAAAUUUGAUUCUAAUGACAAGCGUGAGAAAUGGGUUGCAUGAGUUUAAUUUGGCCUCAAGAAGAGCCGAAGAAGCCGCUGCUAGGCGAUUGCAGGCCGUGCAAUGGCUCCAAUCUGUAGUGGGUCAGCUCGGUAUUCCGAGUCAGCCAUCGGAGAAGGAGUUUAUCUCUUGCUUAAGAAAUGGUAUGAUACUGUGCAAUGCAAUCAACAAGAUCCGCCCUGGAGCAGUUUCCAAGGUUGUGGAGAACUACUCGCAUCUGCAGUCAUUUAACCGAGAGUAUCAACUUCCUCAAGCUUAUCAAUAUUUCGAGAAUGUCCGGAAUUUUCUUGUGGCUUUGGAGCAAUUGAGGCUUCCGGGAUUUGAAGCUUCUGAUCUCGAAAAGGAUAAUCUCGAGUCUGGAUCAGUGAGCAAAGUUGUGGACUGCAUUUUAGGACUUAAGGCAUACCAUGAGAGCAAGAUGACGAGCAGUGGUAAUGGGUUCUACAAGCACAUCAAAACGCCAACGUUUCAGCUCUCUGCAUCUAAGAUUCAUCCACUUAGUGCUUCUAAAACGUCUAGGCAUUUGGACAUGUCCUCUCUCCGUGACAAUAACGAUUGCACAGAUGACGAAUCUGAUAAACUCAAAGUGAUAGCCAAGUUGGUUGCCGAUCACAUUUUCAACUCCAAGGAAAAUAUUGAUGAGACUCUUAUUUCACUUGAGAAUGGCAGCGAGAACUCUAGAGUGAAUUUCCAGAAAAUCAUCUCAAGAUUCCCUGAGCUUCAAUCAGUCUUCAAGAAUUUCAUUGACGAAGGCACCUCGAAACCAUCAGGCUUAAAAACCAUGCCUCUGGAGGAGUUACCUGUACACGAAGAAGAGCAGUCCAGCAAAAGUCUCCUACACAAGACAAAAUGCAACCAUAAGCGUUUACUGAAAACACAAGAAAAGGAGCUUGCGGUUCUCAAGACUUUGUUUAUAAAAACGAAGCAGGAUUUUAAGGAAUUUCAGGUUCAUUUGCAAAGAGAUCUGAUGGAACUAGGGAAUCAGAUGCAAGAGAUGUCAUCAGCUGCUCAAGGAUAUUACAAAGUGGUGGAAGAGAACCGAAAGCUAUAUAACAUGGUGCAAGAUCUUAAAGGAAAUAUUAGAGUUUACUGCAGAGUUAGACCGAUAUUCAAUAGUGAAAUGAAAGGAGUAAUAGAUUACAUAGGAAAAGAUGGAUCUUUGUUUGUCGUGGAUCCAUCAAAGCCUCAAAAAGAUGCAAGAAAAACGUUUCAGUUCAAUCAAGUAUUUGGUCCGACAACAACUCAAGAUGAUGUAUUCAGAGAAACACAACCGUUAAUCAGAUCAGUGAUGGAUGGUUACAAUGUCUGCAUUUUUGCUUACGGACAAACAGGAUCAGGGAAAACAUACACAAUGAGUGGACCUCCAGGCAGAUCAGCUAAUGAAAUGGGAAUUAACUAUCUAGCUCUGAGAGAUCUAUUUCUCAUAUGUGAUAAAAGAAGGGACAUGAUGACAUAUGAGAUAUACGUCCAAAUGGUCGAAAUCUACAAUGAACAAGUCAGAGACCUUCUUGCAGCAAACUCCUCCUGCACCAAAUUAGAGAUUCGGACUUGCUCAGAGGAUGAUGGCUUGAGUCUUCCAGAUGCUACAAUGCAUUCUGUGAAUUCCACCAUGGAUGUCAUUCAGCUAAUGGAGGCUGGUGAGGUGAACCGUGCUGUUAGUUCCACAUCCCUGAACAAUCGCAGUAGUCGGUCACACAGUAUUCUUUUGGUGCACGUACGUGGGAAAGAUACAUCUGGUGGUACUCUACGGAGUUGCUUGCAUCUGGUGGAUCUUGCAGGGAGCGAGAGAGUUGAUAAAUCAGAGGUUACAGGAGACAGGCUCAAGGAAGCACAGUAUAUCAACAAAUCACUUUCUUGUCUUGGAGAUGUGAUUUUCGCAUUGGCUCAGAAGAAUUCUCACAUCCCAUACCGAAACAGCAAGCUGACUCUCUUACUACAAGACUCACUUGGAGGACAGGCCAAAACGUUGAUGUUUGCACAUCUGAGUCCUGAGGAGGACUCCUUCGGGGAAACAAUUAGUACUUUAAAAUUCGCACAAAGAGUAUCAACAGUCGAACUUGGAGCUGCUCGUGCACACAAAGAGACUAGAGAGGUCAUGCAUCUCAAGGAACAGAUCGAAAACCUGAAGAAGGCUUUGGGUACCGAAGAAUGGAAUAAUGUUUCCUACAGUGGAGCGAAGGAGAUAAAAUCUCCGUUGAGCAGGCCGAUAGCAACAACAGAGAGAACUCCUCCACGUCUCAGAAGGUUAAGCAUCGAAAACUGUAGCAACACAAAGGCAAACCUUGAAGAAAGAAAAGUUGUUAAAUCACCUCUGGCCUCUCGCCGUGCAAGAAGAUUGAGUUUGGAAGGUCCAAAGUCGUGUAAAAACGAAGGACAGUGUAAAGGAGAUCCCACCAUGGAAGUGCACCCGCUCAAGAACCCACGGAGUCCUCCAAGCUCUUAUCAAAACAGAGCAGUUAAAGUAGAUAGCAGAACAAGCAUUCCUCAGCUCCAGCUAUUGCAGACACCAGUUAAAGGAGCUUCCAGAAAUGAGAUACAGAUCAUUUCUGUGGAUUCUAGGACAAAUGGAAAAGGUUCACAUAUACGGAAGUCACUGAGGACUAUCGGAAAGCUGAUCAAUGGUUCAGAGAAGAGAAAAGAGAACAUUCCUGUAGAUCCACGGUCACCGCUUGGAGUCUCAAAUAAUUUCAGUGGUAUAAAGUCACCACACACAAGCAACGCUAAGACAUUGCGCAGGCAAUCACUAACAGGUGUGAUGCCAUCAGGACCAGAAAGAUCACGUAGAUCAUCCAUAGGAGAGAAUCCGAUUGAGAAUGGUGUAAAUGGUGCAAGAAAUGCAAAGACACCACCACCUAUGCGUUCAUCAUCAAAGAUAGGGAAGAAAUGGGCCUAGAGACUAUUGAAGAAUAACACGUUUUCUUCAUUUGGGCGAAGCAAAGUUUCUCACUGAAGUCUUCUUUUCAGCAUCUCUCAAUUCAAAUUCCAUUCAAUAGGAUGUAAUUUCUUUUUUCUCAAGAGUAAAUAAGAAACUCAGUAAAAAAAAAAAAACAAUUAGUGUAAGUUUUUAAGGAUAACAAUUAUUGCUUCCAUAUCAAAUAAUAUA